UCUUCUUCGUCUUCCCUUAACACCUCCAACUCUUCUCUUCAUUUCCAUUUCCCCUGAUCUCUAACCCCUUUAUCCCCCAUUUUUUCCCUCCCAUCAUUCCUCACUGAUCCCACAUCUACUAAUAUAUGUAUAUAUGGUCCACUUCCUCAACCCAAAGUCCCCAUUAAACUUCUCUUUCCUCUAACCUUUUUCUGUUCAUACCAUCUCAACCCCCAUUUCUCGCUUCCCUUUCCAACAUUCGGAAUGCAUGCCUUCAAUCUCUCCCCUCUCUCCCUUCUCUUUCUCAUUUUCUCCCUUUCCUUCUGCGGCACCUUUUGCCUCGCCGACUGGAAGUCAUCGGCAGUCAAUCCUUUUGAUUCCUCGAUCUUGCUUCCCGUCAAAGGGAAUGUUUACCCUCUAGGGCAUUUUACGGUUUCUGUUACUAUUGGCAAUCCGCCGAAGGUUUUUGAACUGGAUAUUGAUACUGGGAGUGAUCUAACUUGGGUUCAAUGUGAUGCUCCUUGUACUGGUUGCACUCUGCCUCAUGAUAGGCUCUAUAAACCGCAUAAUAACGUUGUGCGUUGUGGAGAACCAUUGUGUUCGGCACUUUUCUCCGCAAGCAAGUCCCCUUGUAAGAACCCAAAUGAUCAAUGUGACUAUGAGGUUGAGUAUGCUGACCAUGGAUCAUCCAUUGGUGUAUUGGUCAAAGAUCCUGUUCCUUUGAGACUCACUAAUGGAACUAUCUUAGCUCCCAAUUUGGGCUUUGGUUGUGGAUAUGAUCAGCAUAAUGGCGGUUCGCAAUUGCCUCCGUUGACGGCUGGCGUACUUGGGCUUGGAAAUAGUAAAGCUACCAUGGCAACUCAGCUAAGCGCUCUCAGUCAUGUACGCAACGUACUGGGGCACUGUUUCAGUGGACAAGGGGGAGGAUUUCUAUUCUUUGGAGGAGACCUUGUUCCAUCUUCGGGGAUGUCGUGGAUGCCGAUUUUACGCACCCCAGGAGGGAAGUACUCGGCUGGACCUGCAGAGGUUUAUUUUGGUGGGAAUCCUGUUGGAAUUAGAGGCCUUAUACUAACUUUUGAUAGUGGAAGCUCUUACACUUACUUCAACUCUCAAGUUUAUGGAGCAGUACUGAAUCUGUUGAGGAACGGUUUAAAAGGACAACCUUUAAGAGAUGCACCUGAAGAUAAGACCCUUCCGAUAUGCUGGAAAGGCUCAAAAGCUUUCAAAUCAGUGGCUGAUGUGAGAAACUUUUUUAAGCCCUUGGCCUUGAGCUUUGGAAACUCCAAGGUUCAGUUCCAAAUACCACCUGAAGCCUAUCUGAUCAUCAGUAAUUUAGGCAAUGUUUGCUUGGGAAUUUUGAAUGGGUCCCAAGUAGGAUUGGGAAAUGUUAACCUGAUUGGAGAUAUCUCUAUGCUUGAUAAAAUGAUGGUCUAUGACAACGAGAGACAGCAGAUCGGUUGGGCUCCUGCAAACUGUAGUAAGCCUCCCAGGAAAUGAAAGUAUGUGAUGUGUUUACAUUUUGUAAGUGUUCUACUCAAGAGAACAAUCAAUUACUAGCCAAAGGCAUAUAAUACUAUAGCUCUUGUAUUUGAAGGGGUUAUACAAAAAUAAUAAAAUGAUGAUUUUGAUAGAAUCUUGUUCAACUGAUUUAUUUUAGGUUUGCUUCUAACUUCA